UAAUUGGUUUAUUUUGCUUUACUUAUGGCCAAGUUGUAAAGUUUUUUUAAUUUGUUAAGUGAAAGUGCAUAGUUAAUAGUUAAAGUAGCUGCCCAAACAGGCAGCAACAGUCACACACACACAACAUGGCAUUGUUUAUACCCUCAUCGAUACUGGGGCGCAGCUAUUUGCUUUUUGUGCUGGUGCUCAUCGUGGGCGUGUUCGCUCAGCAUGAGUGGCAGGCGCGCGAUGCCUUUGACGAAAUUAAAAUACAAUUUGAUAAAGUAAAUGCCGAUAACUGCCUUAUACAACAUCAUGGAGAUUUGUUUAUGCCCGCGGAUGUGGUGUCCCACAAGCCGGACAUCAAAGAGGUGAACGUGAAUCCUGUGUUUCCCAAUCGCACAGCAUUGCUGCAUUUGCAGAAUAUGGCGUUGACACGCAGCUUCUUCUGGAGUUAUAUACUGCAGUCACGUUUUAUACGUCCAGCUAUAAACGAUACGUAUGAUCCAGGCAUGAUGUACUAUUUUCUAUCCACCGUGGCAGAUGUGUCUGCUAAUCCCAGCAUCAACGCAUCGGCUAUAUACUUUUCGCCAAAUAGCUCCUACUCUUCCUCGUAUCGUGGCUUCUUCAAUAAGACUUUUCCACGCUUUGGACCGCGCACGUUUCGCCUGGACGAUUUUAACGAUCCUAUACAUCUACAAAAGAUAUCCACGUGGAAUACGUUUGAUGUGCAAGACUUGGGCGCACAUCAUCCCGACUCUAUAUCCAAGGACUAUACGCAUGAUUUGUACAAAAUUAACGAAUGGUAUCGCGCAUGGCUGCCGGACAAUGUGGCUGGACGCCACGAUACCAAGAUUACAUAUCAAGUUGAAAUACGCUAUGCCAACAAUACAAAUGAAACAUUUACAUUCCAUGGUCCGCCUGGCUCUGAAGAGACACCGGGUCCCAUCAAGUUUACGCGACCUUAUUUCGAUUGUGGGCGUUCCAACAAAUGGCUAGUGGCAGCAGUGGUGCCCAUAGCUGAUAUAUAUCCAAGACAUACGCAGUUCCGACACAUAGAGUAUCCCAAAUAUACGGCUGUCUCGGUGCUGGAAAUGGAUUUUGAGCGCAUAGAUAUAAAUCAGUGUCCACUAGGCGAGGGCAACAAGGGACCGAAUCAUUUUGCAGACACGGCGCGUUGUAAAAAGGAAACGACUGAGUGUGAACCGCUACAUGGUUGGGGCUUUAGGCGUGGUGGCUAUCAAUGUCGCUGUAAGCCGGGCUGGCGACUGCCGAAUACAGUAAGGCGACCUUAUCUAGGCGAGAUUGUGGAACGCGCUUCAGCAGAGCAAUAUUACAAUGACUAUGACUGCCUCAAAAUUGGCUGGAUACAUAAGCUGCCCAUACAGUGGGACAAGGCGCCUUAUCAUUUGCGUGAAAUGUAUUUGGAUCAGCAUCCUGAAUAUCGCAAUUAUACAACAGGCUCCAGAUCGCUGCAUGCGGAGCAUUUGAACAUAGAUCAGGCAUUGAAAUAUAUACAUGGCGUUAACUAUCGCACAUGCAAAAACUUCCAUCCGCAGGAUUUGAUACUGCGCGGCGAUGUUAGCUUUGGCGCCAAGGAGCAGUUUGCCAAUGAAGCCAAAAUGGCUGUGCGCUUGGCCAACUUUAUUAGCGCCUUUUUGCAGGUCUCCGAUCCCAAUGAAGUCUACUCGGGCAAACGUGUGGCUGACAAGCCGCUGACCGAGGAUCAAAUGAUUGGUGAAACGCUGGCCAUUGUGCUGGGCGACAGCAAAGUCUGGUCGGCAACAACGCUCUGGGAGCGCAAUAAGUUCACCAAUCGCACCUACUUUGCACCCUAUGCCUAUAAGACGGAGCUGAAUACACGCAAGUUCAAGGUGGAGGAUCUGGCACGUUUGAACAAAACACACGAACUCUAUACAGAGAAGAAGUACUUUAAGUUUUUGAAGCAACGCUGGAAUACAAACUUUGAUGAUCUCGAAACGUUCUACAUGAAAAUCAAGAUACGUCACAAUGAGACAGGUGAAUACCAGCAAAAGUAUGAGCACUACCCCAACUCGUAUCGUGCGGCGAGCAUCAAGCACGGCUACUGGGCACAGCCGCAGUUUGAUUGCAAUGGCUAUGUGAAGAAGUGGCUGGUGACCUAUGCAGUGCCGUUCUUUGGCUGGGAUAGCCUCAAAGUCAAACUGGAAUUCAAAGGUGUGGUGGCCGUUUCUAUGGAUAUGCUGCAGCUGGAUAUUAACCAGUGCCCGGACUGGUAUUAUGAGCCCAAUGCGUUCAAGAAUACGCACAAGUGUGACGAGAAGACUUCUUAUUGUGUGCCUAUCAUGGGACGUGGCUAUGAAACUGGCGGCUACAAGUGCGAAUGUUUGCAGGGCUAUGAGUAUCCUUUUGAGGAUUUGAUUACCUACUAUGAUGGGCAGCUUGUGGAAGCGGAAUAUCAGAAUAUUGUUGUGGAUAAGGAAACGCGUUAUGACAUGUUCAAGUGUCGUCUGGCAGGUGCAGCAAGUUUGCAAUCAGCAUUGGGUUUGGUUAUAGCGCUAUUUGGCCUAACGCUAACGCUGCUUUAUAGAUUUAGUUAAGCCAAAAAUCAACAACAACAAAAAGCAACGUACAUAGCCAAACUAUAGCAACAACAGAAAAAGAGAAGAACUAACAAAAGCAACAAGCAGCUCAAAGACACAAAAAUUGACACCCAAAACAAAACUGCCCUUCCAGCUCUUGCGCUGCUGCUCUUCAGGAACAUUGUCAUCAUUUAUCUGCAAGGCGAUUAAGUUGUAGACAUAAUCUAUUACAAUGAAUCUGGUUAUUUGUCAUUUCUAUCAAAGGCAGCAGCGGCAGCAGCAAGCGCAAGCAGCCAAGCCUACAACGCUCAGAUUACGGAAGUUGCUGUCGCUUUGUCGCUGCUGUUGCUGCUUCUGCUGCUCCUUGUAGCCCUCAAUAAUGUCCGUGAAGUCACACAGCUGUGUGUGGCAUGGAAACCUGUUAACAUCAAAACCCAGUUAGAGGCUGCUGGCUGGCUACCUACACCCCUAUACCAUCUUAGAGGCUUCUUAGGGUUGCUUUGGCUGGUUGUGCCUCGGCCUGGGUGUGGUGUGUGUUUUCCUUAUAUUAAAUCGUUGACGCUGCAGCGUCCGAUGGUCCUGCAUUAAAUAUGCCGCCGUUUUUUUUUUCGGUUUUUUGUUUUUUGAUUGUUUUUUUGCUGCCUUGAUUAUCAUAUGCGCUUGAAUUUUUAUUAUCUAUAUACCCUGAGAACUUUUUCUAUGCGCCGCAUGCAAACCAGUUUAUCAGCCACUUGGUUAAUCUUGGGCUUGGGCUUGGUCUCCUGCCAGCGCAAAAAACUGUUUGUGGCCAUAGGUAACUGGACAAAAAAAUUAUUUUCACACAUUUUUCAUAGUCAUGGGCAGCGCAUAGAGCGCGCCGCCGCCAGUGGGCAGUGACGGGCGCUGAAUUCUUGGGCAACUCCUCCAUUUCAAAUUGUGCCGUCGCCGGCUGAGGACCAAGCUGCCAUAUAUAUUAAAGCUGAGAGCACACAGCAGGAGAGCCACACACAAUUCAAGAGGUUGCGUAUCAGUUUUUUUUUGUUUUUAAUAACUUUUGAGCUGCUUGUUGUCUUUUGUUGUUUAGCAUAUCAUUUUGUAGGACAGUAAAUUUUAGAUUGUUGUGCCUUAAGUAACGAAUCGAAUAACUAAAUUUAAGACUAAACUCAAGACAAUGCAUGUCCGUCCAUUUUGUAAUAACUUUAAGUGCCUUGAAAGACAAAAUUUUAUACACACACACCUAAGCUAUAAAAAAUGUAUCCGUCCUAAGCGUUUAAGUAAUCUCACAAAAGAAUCUUUUACUAUACAAAAUACACUUAUAUCUUUUAUAU